UCCGCCCCUCCAGGGGCGCGAGGCUGAAGCCGGCAAACAUGGUCGACACCUGUUUUCUCGGCCGGGGUUUCACUACCCUGGUAGGGUUACUGCUCUUGCCCUUCGGCAGCUUGGCCGCUAGUCAGAUCGAGGAUCAAGCAGAACAGUUCUUUAGAAGUGGCCAUACGAACAACUGGGCAGUUUUGGUAUGUACAUCACGAUUCUGGUUUAAUUAUCGACAUGUUGCAAAUACUCUUUCUGUUUAUAGAAGUGUCAAGAGGCUAGGUAUUCCUGACAGUCACAUUGUUCUGAUGCUUGCAGAUGAUAUGGCAUGCAACCCUAGAAAUCCUAAACCAGCUACAGUGUUUAGUCACAAGAAUAUGGAAUUAAAUGUGUAUGGAGAUGAUGUGGAAGUGGAUUAUAGAAGUUAUGAGGUAACUGUGGAAAAUUUUUUACGGGUAUUAACCGGGAGGAUUCCACCUAGUACGCCUCGGUCAAAACGUCUUCUUUCUGAUGAUAGGAGUAAUAUUCUUAUUUAUAUGACAGGACAUGGUGGAAAUGGUUUCUUGAAAUUUCAAGAUUCUGAAGAAAUUACCAACAUAGAACUUGCAGAUGCUUUUGAACAAAUGUGGCAAAAAAGACGCUACAAUGAGCUAUUGUUUAUUAUUGAUACUUGUCAAGGAGCAUCCAUGUAUGAGAGAUUUUAUUCUCCUAACAUAAUGGCUUUAGCUAGUAGCCAAGUGGGAGAAGAUUCACUCUCGCAUCAACCUGAUCCUGCAAUUGGAGUCCAUCUUAUGGAUAGAUACACAUUUUAUGUCUUAGAAUUUUUGGAGGAAAUUAAUCCAGCUAGCCAAACUAAUAUGAAUGAUCUUUUUCAGGUAUGCCCCAAAAGUCUAUGUGUGUCUACUCCUGGACAUCGCACUGAUCUUUUUCAGAGGGAUCCUAAAAAUGUCCUGAUAACUGAUUUCUUUGGAAGUGUACGGAAAGUGGAAAUUACAACAGAGACUAUUAGUUUGCAGCCAGAUUCAGGAAUCAUGGAAAGCAGCUAUAAGAAAGACCUGAUGGAUGAGGAACUAAUGGAACCUCUGAAAUAUGCUGAACAACUUCCUGUAGCUCAGAUAAUACACCAGAAACCAAAGCUGAAAGAUUGGCAUCCUCCUGGGGGUUUUAUUCUGGGAUUGUGGGCACUCAUUAUCAUGGUUUUCUUCAAAACUUAUGGAAUCAAGCAUAUGAAGUUCAUUUUCUAGAUGCGAUGAUGUAUGAAGAACACUACAUGGAAGACUACAACCUUGGAUAAAAGUUCAUGUCAAUAUAUUUUUAAAAAUACAUUGCUCUUGUGUGAUUUGGCAGAAAGUAUAAGGAAGCUAAAUUUGAGAGAACGAUUGGUUUUAUAACUCAAAAAUAAUUGUUAAUGCAAGUGCUAAAUGACACUAAAUAUAUUUCAGUUUUUCAUUUUGUAUUAUUAAAAUAUUGGGACAAAGAGAUCGGAAUAUACUCACUGACUCUUUUUGAAAAUAAGAAUUUCCCCUUGUUUUAUCCCCUUUUCAUUUGGAAAAGAAAAAAAUGUGAAGACAUUAAAUUCUCACUAGCAGGGGUAACUUUUGUUAGUAUUUUUGUAUAUGUUCUCCCAGUCUUUUUCAUACUUUUUUUCUAAAAUAGAGAGCAUAUAGAACAUACCAUUUUAUAACCUUACUUGUCAUUUUGCAGUAUGUUGUCAACCCUUUCCCUCUCCUUGGAUAUUCUUCAAGAACACGUGAACGGCUGCACACUACCCAUUUUAUGAAUGUGCAGUAAUUUAUUUAAUAUUCUUCUAUAAUUAGACCACUUACUUUGUUCCCCAAAUUUUCUUUUGGUUCAUUCUUUAAUGUGUUAAUAUUUUGUCAGCUAUUCUUGGAAUUCUGCAGCUAAAAUGAUAAGUAAAUAUGAAUAAUCAGUUUCUUAAUCUGUGGUACUGACAGUCUCCAGGACCUUAUUUACUGUCAGUUUAUCUGGAAAACUUAAGCUCUUGGGGAAUUUCACAUACUGAUUGCUCAAGAGAAACAAACCUAAUCAUUUUUAAUUUCUAAGCAUUCUGUGAUCCUCUAGAAUUGAUCACCUCCUCUUCUGUUUCCAUGCUGAAAGAGAUGUUGUUUCAUUCUGUUUAAGGUAAACCUUGCCCACUGGCUGGAUCUACACUUUUUCUGGGACAAUCCCGUAAAAUGGAUGGACUGUAGGAAAAAUUCAUGCUUGUGGCCCUGUCUUCAUGUCUGACUGAUGUAUCACAUAAGGCAGUAAGCUCUUUUCUGGUCUCUGACAAGAUGCAAGAGCUUAUAUCCCCAUCACUGAUUUUUUUCAUCUUGCCAGCCAUCUUCAUAUCUAUCUCGUAACUGGAAAUGGUAUUGAGAUUGUGCUUUGCUAUCAGCCCCAGAUAUUGUUUUUUCACAUGUAAGCGGUAAAAAAAAGUGAAAGUUGAGUAUUCAUGUCCCGUGGGAUACUUUUUUGUAUUUUAUCUGUUUUAUCCAGGAACUUCGUGUUAAUCUUUAUUCACUAUGAAGAUAUGUUUUGUAAUUGUAGGAAACAUUCAGAAGACAACCCUUCCUCUACAAUAAAACCUCUUAAAAUUAA